GUUGGAGUUCUAUAGCUGUCACCAUGCCAUAACCACAAAGCUUCUUCAUUUCCCAACACGUAAAAAACUAAACUGAUUCAUAGUUUCAUACAUAGAGAGAGAGAGAGAGAGAGAGACAGAGAAUCCCAAGUGCCUCGUUCUUCUUCAAUCUAGCGCAUCGGUUUCGGUGAAUCUUGGUAAAGAUGGUGUCUUACGAGUACAUUCUGGGUGGAGUCUUGGCUUCUCUGCUCGGCUCUGUUUUCUUCAUGAUCAUCACCAGCACUUUUAGCGCCAAGAAAAAGGUAGAGGAUUUCAAGAGUGAUAAUGGGUUUGUGAGGAUGGCGCAGAACGGUGUGUUUCGACCGGAGAUGGAGGAGGAGGAAAAAAGUACCGACGUCGUCAUUGUCGGCGCCGGAGUUGCCGGUGCAGCUCUUGCUUACACUCUUGCCAAGGAAGGACGCCGUGUACAUGUUAUUGAAAGAGACUUGAGUGAGCCGGACAGAAUUGUUGGUGAGCUUUUGCAGCCUGGGGGUUAUCUCAAGUUGAUUGAGUUGGGUCUUGAAGACUGUGCAAACGAGUCAAUUGAUGCUCAGAAGGUCUUUGGUUAUGCUCUUUACAAAGAUGGCAAGGAUACAAAACUAUCUUAUCCCUUGGAGCAGUAUAGUUCAGAUGUGGCUGGGAGAAGUUUCCACAAUGGGCGUUUUAUUCAAAGAAUGCGUGAAAAAGCUGCAAUUCUUUCAAAUGUCAAAUUGGAACAAGGAUCGGUGACAACACUAAUUGAGGAAAAGGGCAUUGUCAAAGGGGUGAUUUACAAGAACAAGGCUGGAGAGGAGAUGAGAACGUAUGCUCCACUAACAAUCGUCUGCGAUGGCUGCUUUUCAAAUCUGCGCAAAUCUCUCAGUGCUCCAAAGGUUGAAAGUCCCUCUUGUUUUGUUGGUUUGGUGUUAGAGAACUGUGAUCUUCCACAUGCAAAUCAUGGACAUGUGAUUUUGGGAGACCCUUCACCCAUCCUGUUUUAUCCUAUUAGUUCCACUGAGAUUCGUUGUUUGGUCGAUGUACCUGGGACAAAAGUACCUUCAGUUGCUAGUGGUGAAAUGGCCAACUAUUUGAAGACUGUGGUGGCUCCUCAGGUUCCCCCACAGCUCUACAAUGCUUUUAUGGUUGCAGUAGAGAAAGGAAACAUUAGAUCCAUGCAAAACAAAAGCAUGGCUGCUAAUCCUGUUCCCACUCCUGGUGCAAUUUUGUUGGGGGAUUCAUUCAACAUGAGGCAUCCUUUAACAGGAGGAGGAAUGACUGUGGCUCUUUCAGACAUAGUUCUUCUCCGCGAUCUUCUUAGACCCCUACGUGAUCUUAAUGAUGCUCCUACUUUGUGCAAUUACCUUGAAUCAUUUUAUACAUUGCGUAAGCCUGUGUCAUCUACUAUAAACACAUUGGCAGGUGCAUUGUACAAGGUGUUUUGUGCAUCACCCGAUCCAGCAAGACAGGAAAUGCGUGAAGCAUGUUUUGGCUAUUUGAGCCUUGGAGGAAUCUGUUCAUAUGGACCAAUAUCUCUGCUCUCUGGCCUUAACCCUCGUCCUCUGCACUUGUUCCUCCAUUUCUUUGCUGUUGCUAUCUACGGUGUUGGGCGCUUAAUGCUUCCAUUCCCUUCACCACAACGCAUGUGGCUUGGGUUCAGAUUGAUCUUGAGUGCAUCAGGCAUCAUAUUCCCCAUUAUAAAGGGGGAAGGAGUUAGACAGAUGUUCUUUCCAGCAACGGUGCCAGCAUAUUAUAGAUCACCACCUGUUCAUUGAAGAAAUGACACAAGAAUAUUUGAACAGAGUCAUUUAGUACCCAGAUUUUUUAUAGAUGAUAAACCAAUUUGUAUCAGUAUCAGCAGUCUUAGUUCCCCUUACAGAAAUUAGAGAUCAAGAUGGGGGAGAAUGCUAAAUUUAGGAGAUAGCAAAUCAUGUUCUUAAUUCUUUUAGAGUUGUUGUUCUACAAUAGGAACCAGCUACAUUUACCAUUUAAUCAAACUAACUUGUACAAAGCUAUAGCAGUGAUAAAUAAUUCAGUCUUUUGGUCA